CAGAGACAUUGCUCUGUCCAGUAUUCUCGGUCUCAAGGGAGGCAGGCUCAUUCCAUUUCCCGGUACGGUCGUGUACAACCUGUAUUCAAGUACAACAGAGUGCCACGACAGGCCGGGAACCUGGACUCCGUCCUUUGUAGUUACCCUAGGUGGUCUCUCAGUAGUCGUACAUUGUCUCGCAGCUGACACCACCUACUACCUAGGCCGACAACCUUAAUCUAUCAUCCUUCCCUCUUCGCCAUCCGGAAGCUUCAGCUUCCCUUCUCUUGCCCACGCUCCUUUCCGCUCUCUCUCUCUCGCUCUCUCUUAACCCUAGCCAUCGCGUUCGAUCCGAGCGGCUGGUCUUUGCCGUCGUCCCAUCAUUACACACACAGCUCGCUACCUACCCUGGGUACCAGAUUAUCCCUUCGUUCCGUCUUUUGGUACCACCUCGACCAUCGUUCGUCUAGUUGCCCGCACAUCUCUUCAACAUCAUUGGUCCCUGACUUUUGGGUGUGUUCGUCCUUUUUGGUCCAGGUCCAGGUCCAGUCCAGUCCAGUCCGGGUUCCUGUCCGGCUACCAGUCAACCCGCUCGCACUUGGACAGAAAGACGAACGCCUUCCAAGGUACUCUCACACCGGGCCUGUGAAACGAAUGGGCUUUGCCCUCCUGGGAUACCGGAAACAAGGCGUAUUUUCAUCCGGGGACAAAACAGACUUGCCUUACAUAGCACGACAGCUUCUACUCCUCGGCGAUCGGACCGGAGCUUGAUUGCGGCUCAUGGAAUACCAGCUCGUCCUUCUCCAUGUCUUAGGACCCUGGCUUCGACCUUCGCUCCCCUCUUGCUGCUGGUCGUUCCGGUGCUUCUGGAGACAGACAUAGCCUUGGACGCUUGCGUCCUCAGUCAGGCUGUCUGUCCGUCUACGACAUCGCCAACUCGGGUCGCGCUACUGCGAAAAUGCGGUUACCCUACCUCUCUUUCGCCGUGAUUUCUACUCGCUUCCUGCUCCUGUCAUCGGUGCCUUCACUUGUCCGUGCAGGUACAACGGCAACUUCACCACCAGAGCCAGUAUGGGUUCAACCGUCCGGGGAAUGGUAUGGCAUCGACGGCACCUGGUCAAACUUCAUGUUCGCCGUGGGUUCUCCCGCUCAGAUCGUUUACCUCACACCUGCCACUGCCCUGUCCGAGACGUGGGUUAUUGGGGCCGGCGGUUGCACAUCAGGCCCAGGUAACCUACCAUGCGUGGACGCUCGUGGCGGCGUCUUUGACUACCACAUCUCGGAGACAUGGCAAACCCUGGGAACAGGUGCUUACGAGCUGGGCAUGAACCACACCGGAGUUCAGAGAAAUGGCGACUACGGCUUGGAUACUGUCGCCUUCGUCGACACAAUGGCCAGCUCCGCCACAUCUGUGGACGGUGUACUGAUUGCUGCUGUCAAUGCUACCGAAUACUAUCAAGGUUAUAUCGGACUUGGCGUGACUCAAGGCAGUAUAGGCUCGAACGUUACCAAACCUCUCAUCCCCCAACUCGUCGAAGUGAAUGGCAUGAUUCCCAGUCACAGUUACGGAUAUACGGCAGGGGCGUACUACCGUGACACUACUACAAAGGGUACAUAUGCCUCGUUGACUUUUGGGGGUUAUGAUGCACUGAGAUUUGUGCCACAUGAUACAACGUUCAGGCUCUACAUAGGAAACUCAACCGCAGAUUCUAAUGAUCGAGCGCCCACGGUACGACUGCGCGGCCUUACUGCUCAAGUCCCGUCGUUGGACAAGGCACCUGGGAACUGGACAUCGACCUCUCAGACUCUCGUCGCCAUGAAUGAUUCUAUUACCGCAAUGAUUGACUCGUCAACGCCGUUUCUAUGGCUUCCAACCGACAUUUGCGAACGUAUUGCUUCUAUUCUCGACCUGGUGUGGAGGGCGGACCUUGGUGUUUAUGUCUUUGCGAACGGGGGAGAACAAUAUCUGAGAUACAAGCGCAUGAAGUCCAUCGAUGACCUAUCGUUCACUUUUACAGUCUCCAGCUACGACAACAGCGACAACUUCGGUUAUCCCCUCAACAUGCCAGGAGUGGUCAACAUCACCAUCCCUCCUGCAGCAUUUGCCCAGGUCCUGCGUUAUCCUUGGAAGAACAUCAUCAAAUUCAAUGAGUCGAGCAUACCGUAUUUCCCAUUGACGCGAUCAACAAACGAAACAAACAAUAAUCAGUAUAUCAUCGGCCGAGUAUUCAUGCAGGAAGCAUAUAUCAUCACAAAGUACGACAAGGCCGCAUUUUCUAUCCAUCAAGCGCUGUUUCCUGACAACUCAGCCACCAAUCACUCCUUACAGGCUAUCGAAAGGCCUCCGAAUAGCCCGUAUCCUGAGGGUCCCCCGGUGAAGAAGGUGGCCAAGAAGCCGUUGGGUGUAGGACAAACGGUGGCGAUCGUGGUUAGUGCCUUUGCGGCAGGCAGUGUGAUUGGACUGAUAUCAUUCUUGUGUUGCCGGCGAGGAUCGAAGGUGAAGAAAAACGAGGCCCGUAAACUGGAACACAACUCAGAGGAGGUUACCCCCAUACACGAUGAACCACCGCAGAACACGGUCAGCCGAAUGCUGUCGAUGUUUGUCGGAAGGAGGAGGUCAAGGAAACAAUCAUCACCAAAAACGCAGGCGAUUAUGACCGAACCCGUCGAAGUCGGUGCGGACGCUCAUCACCAGGUAUUCGAACUACCAGUUCCACCUGAGCCGAUCGAGUUGGAUAAUAAUGAUAUUGGACACAACGACCCAUAUCUUGGGCUGGAUGGUUCUCGGGUGACGAGCGACUAUGAAGCGGCGCGGCAAAAGCUCGAAUGCCAACUUCAGGGAUCGGUACCAACCUACACACGGACAACAGAGCACAACGAGCGUGCUGCUGGAUAUCCCCUUGAGAAGUCAGCACAGGAUGUAACCCCCGUUCAUUACCGUCCCAGCGAAGAAACAUCCUCCGGAUCAUCGCCCACGUACGCCAACACCGACUCCCUUUCCAACUCGCUGCCAUCACCCCUGUCACCAUACGCAGACUGGGCGGCCGGUAGAGUAUUCGAUCUGCCAUCACCAAUAACCGUAGCCUCUCCCGUGCGGCUACGUAAUUUUCCAACGACGACAGGUUCUGACGAUCCGGCCCCCGCACACUCACCAGUCUCGUUGCACUCCCCCUAUUCACCUCACACAUACCUUCCAUCACCCGUGAGCCCUUCAUUCGAUUUCAACGGCGGUCCAGAAUCCCCUACAUCGCCAACAGGAAAACCGGCCCCACUGCCCGGAAGCGCAGCAAUCCAGCGCACACCCAUCGAUCCCAUCCAUACCCAAAUAGUAUGUCUCGGACCAAUGCCGGAAAACGUGCGACUUCCUAUUCCACAUCAUCUGCAUCAUCAUCCGACAGUAACCCGCAUCAUCAUGCCCGACGGUCUACUACAUCCAGCAGAACAAAAUGACCAACUUGCAGGAAAUACUGAUGUCGAUGUCGAUGGUCUACGGAGACGUUCAGAUUCGAUAACCCGCGGUUCUAAUGAGACCUUGGGUUCCAACUUUACCAUGGAGGAAGAAAGCCAGCUGAGGCAGGUGCAGAUGGCUGCGCAACGAAGUGCGGCGGCUCAAGAGCAAGCAUUGCCGAUGUCACCAACAUCACAUCAACCACCACCACCACCACCACCACCACCACCACAACGACGAGAACACGAAGCAGACAAUACUACCAGCCUCAUCGACAAAUACCCCCGCAGUCCCCGAAGCAUGGAACGUAUCGAAGCCGGUUCAGAGUUAAUUCAUGUCCCGCAGGUUGCUGCGCAGCGAUAUAGUUGGGAGGCGGAGACAUGAUGGCCUUUUAGAUCAGCUUCGAUCUCCACCCACCGAACUAACAUGGUCUGCAAACAAGAUUACAUACAUGCACCAUACUUGCUCCCACCAACCAACAUUUUAAACGGACUCGUACACUGUACCAUCGUAUAUACAUGCCGGACGGCGGACCUUUUGGGUAACGGAACACAGGGGCACGGAGACAGGGGGAUAUACCCAUUGGAGUGAGGGGGUGUCGAAGGAUUUGCGACAAUGUCCUAUGUUUUUGUUUAACGCAAGGAAAGAUUUGGCGUUACUUUGGUCGGUUACGUUUGGUUUUUGUUCAAGCUGGAAACAUUGAGUUAGCAUAGAGCAAGAAGCAACAGUCACAUAAAGAACACUCAUGGUCUCCACCAUGAGGCUGGUGACGGGACAUGCUUAUCAGACAUGAUACGGGAGAGGGAAAAAAAAACUUGCGCUGAAAGGGAUGGUUUUGGGGGACUGGAUUGUUUUGACGCACAAGAAAGAGUGAGAGGACAGAGUUGAAUGAUCACCAGAUUAGCGUUAAAAAAAAUGUCAAAUGACCUACCAUUGCAAAUUGCGAACCUC